UCUUCCACCUUCGCCUCUUCCCUCCCACCCCGCCGGCCCCCGCCUCCGCCGCCGCGCCGCUCGCAACUCCGCCGCUGCCAUGACAACGCGCUUCAAGAAGAACCGGAAGAAGCGCGGCCACGUGUCGGCCGGGCACGGGCGCAUCGGGAAGCACCGCAAGCACCCCGGAGGCCGCGGUAACGCCGGAGGGAUGCACCACCACCGGAUCCUGUUCGACAAGUACCACCCGGGCUACUUCGGCAAGGUCGGCAUGCGCUACUUCCACAAGCUCAGCAACAGGUUCCACUGCCCCGCCGUCAACGUCGAGCGCCUCUGGUCCAUGGUGCCCACCGACAAGGCCGCCGAGGCCGGCGCCGGCAAGGCCCCCGUCAUCGACGUCACCCAGUUCGGCUACACCAAGGUGCUCGGCAAGGGGAUGCUUCCCCCGCAGAGGCCCAUCGUCGUCAAGGCCAAGCUCAUCUCCAAGGUCGCCGAGAAGAAGAUCAAGGCCGCCGGCGGCGCCGUCCUCCUCACCGCCUAGGUACUACAUACUUGGGAGUUGAGUUGGAGGGAGGAGGGUUCUUGAUAUCUAAGGCGCUAGUUUCUUUAUCCUUCAAAAGACUUUGAUUUAGCUCUUGUGCUUUUUCUGUUAUGGAUGUUACUACUGUAUGGUAUGGCUACUUGAAUCUGUGGUGGCAAUUCAGGAGUUUUGAAUUACAUGAUUAUGCCGGUCUAUAUCAAUAUUUGCGUCUGCCGCGUGCUAA